AUGGCACAGCCCUCUACCAUGAUUUUUAAUGCUGUUGAGGGAAAUAAAAGCAUUAAAUUCUUUUUAAAAAUUCUUAGAGAGUUCCCGCUGUUUCUGCCCCAGAACCGGGCGAAAACUGUGUAUGAGGGAUUCAUUUCGGCUCAGGGGAAAGACUUCCACCUUAGAAUAGUGUUGCCUGAAGAUUUACAAGUGAAGAAUGCAAGAUUACUAUGCAGUUGGCAGUUGAAAGCUAUACUUAAUGGAUACCAUCAAAUAGUCCAACAGAGAAUGCAGCACUCUGCUGAUCUAAUGAGUUUUAUGAUGGAGUUGAAGAUGAUUUUGGAAGUUGCUUUAAGGAAUAGACAAGAGUUAUGCGCACUACCUCCUCCUCCCCAGUUCUAUUCAAGCCUUAUUGAAGAGAUAGGAACUCUUGGUUGGGAAUAUCCCGCAGAAUCACCAGAUUGUUUUGUGGAUUUUCCUGUUCCAUUUUCUAUUUCCUGGACACCACAGGGCUCCUUAAUAAGCAUUCAUAGUCAGUUUUUGGCAGCGUUAGAAUCACUGAAGGCAUUCUGGGAUGUUAUGGAUGAAAUUGAUGAGAAGACCUGGGUACUUGAGCCAGAAAAACCUACCCGGAGUGCAACAACACGCAGAAUUGCAUUAGGAAAUAAUGCUUCCAUAAAUAUAGAAGUGGACCCCAGGCAUCCUACUAUGCUUCCUGAAUGCUGCUUUCUUGGAGCUGACCAUGUGGUAAAACCCCUGGGAAUUAAGCUGAGCAGGAACAUACAUUUGUGGGAUCCAGAAAACAGUCUAUUACAAAAUCUGAAAGAUGUUUUAGAAAUUGAUUUCCCAGCUCGUGGUAUCCUGGAAAAAUCUGAUUUUACUAUGGAUUGUGGAAUUUGUUAUGCCUAUCAACUUGAUGGUACCAUUCCUGAUCAAGUGUGUGGUAAUCCCCAGUGUGGACAGCCUUUUCAUCAAAUAUGCUUAUAUGAGUGGUUGAGAGGACUACUCACUAGUAGACAGAGUUUUAAUAUCAUCUUUGGUGAAUGUCCAUACUGUAGUAAGCCAAUUACCUUGAAAAUGUCUGGAAGGAAACCCUGAAAUAAGCAUUUCUAUGAAGAAGUAGAAACUUUAUUAAAAGGAUUUUAUUUGAUAUCUUCAGAGAAUACAUAAAGCAAGACAUACUAAUAUCAAAAGGAAAACUAUGAUGACGCCAUAAUAAUAUACAUCUGCCUUUGCCUCUUCACUAAGAGUAAACUGGGAAAUUGUAGGCCAGAGUCCUGUAGAACUUUCUAAGUCUGUGACCCCUGUACCAAUUGGGGAAGUAUGUGUGUACCAAGGAGGAGACCUUGACUUGCUGAUUACAUCUGAAUUGGUAAAAUCUUGAUAGGGCUCAUAAAAUGAAUUUGGGAAUUGCACAUAGCUAGAUUUUUGGGGAAAACUGUUUAUUUCAUUCAGAAGUUCUGAAGACUCACAAUAUUUUUGUCUUCUCUUUCUGCCUUCCUAUGGAAAAAAAUACA